CGUCUCUCUUGCUCUCCCGGUGCCUCCCCUUCGUACAGAACAAAGGCUGUAGAGCUACGGUCCGAUGACCUCACGGUUCUCCGCUUCCGUCUCCCUCCGUUCCCUUCCGUCACUGGAGUCCUUCGGCCUCGUGCUGGUGGCGUCUACUCUCCGUCUGCCCCGAGUGCACAGGGCGCCUAUUGACCCCAUGCCGUUGCGAGGCCCGAACAGCAUGCAUAAAGGCAAAAAGAACCCCAGUGAGUAGACGAGCGAGAGGCCAACGGCAAGCAUGAGAAGGUAGCCAAAUCGGCGGUAGCCUGGCGACUGACAAAACGCCAUGGCGAUACCUGAUGCAGAACAUACCAUGUACAGCACUAAACCUAAUAUCCAGGUGAGUGCUGUGGAUACCCGCCGACGCAGUCGUGACAGCGGCCGCCAGCACCGUCAGAGCCAUCUCACGAAUAGCAUACUUGGUCCGCUCCUCACGGUUGUCACACAGGGAUCUGACAUGCGAGGAACUCGUUCCACAAACGAUUGUGUUAGUCUUGUUUGUUUACUUCGGGCAGUGCUGGUAGACAUAUGAGAGGUGAAUGACGUAGUCGAUGGAAAAGCCAAUGGUGCCAAUGGUGGUGAUGCACUCAUAAAAACCAAGACCCCAACCUAUAAUGACUGCACGUAUCAUACACGCAUUGUAAGGACAAACCAGCUUCCCCUUGCCUUUGCCGGGUUAUUUGACCUGAAAUGAACCCCAGUAUGCUGGCAACGAUGGCUCCGAUGGUGCAAAAGGAGAAGGUCGCUAGGAUGAGGUUUCUACCAAGGCAUGGCAAAAGCUGCUUUGUUCAGGAUGAUCGAAAUUUGUAUCUGGUUGUACGUACCUGGACAUGACGAGCAGGACGACAAAAACGACGGGAAAGACGAUGGACAGCCCCUCAAAUAGCGACGUAAUCACUCCGGUGAGGACCUCAGCGUUAGCCAGCUCCAGACUACCAUCGUACGACAAGGUCAUGAGCUCGGACGGCGCCCGAGAUCGCAAAUCCCUCUCCCACUCAUCCAACCAGUUGCCGAACGUCAGCACGUCCGACACCCUGCAUACAAGCACACAUGUUGCGUCAGAUGAAGCCUGCUACUGCACUAACCUCCUCCCCACAUCGUCACUCACCUAUUGAGUGCAUGCACAGAGGUGGUGAACUUGACCUGGACCCAUCUGAGCUGACCACGCUCAAAGCCGAUGAUCGACGCGUGUCUAGGCACACCAUUAGCGUCAAGGUCCUCGCUCUGGAAGAUCCUGAGACGACUGGUCAUGCUGCCAGACGAUGUCGAGCUGUUACUGGGUAUCCACCGACUGAAGUCCUCAAGGAAGCACUCCACUGUGCCUGGGAGAGCCAGUUUGCGGUCACCAAGAGGAGAAUGCCUGACAAUACAAGGCAAGCAUCAACGGAUACAACUUGUGUGAUGGUGUGCUGGCUGGACCACACUCACUCGCAUAUGGGCAGGUCGCACUCUUUUUGCCGUAUCUCUUCGCAGAGGUCCAGGAUGAAUGCCUGGGCAGCACUGCUCUCGAGGGUGAAGUUGGCGUCGUACCGGACCUCUCCUCUGUACACAGCUGGGUUCCACUCGGAGAAUGGUGGCGGUCUCUCCAGGGACUUGACGCCAAAAAGGAAGGAAACUCUGACAAAUGCACCAGGCAGCGACUGACCCUGAAACGUCUGGGUCAGACGGUGUGCAACAUCUGAAGAGUACAAGAAAACAACGGGCUUUGGCUGUGUGCCGCCAGCCGGCGCUUCUGCAUGCCUCAUAUGACCUGCCAUCAUGUGGCCUUGGGAAAACGUCAUUUCCUGCACACAUGAGAGAGGCAUAGCGUGUAGCGACUCAACCAUUUCUCGGCAGACUCUCUCAGCUUGCGUUGUAUACCGGCCAUGUUUGUGGUGUGAUAUGGAGCUGACUUGCGAACCAUAUGUUGAUCGCACAGAAGGCCGUAAAGGCCAAGAGUGACGCCCAGCAGACGACCUUGACUCCCUUGACUUUCCAAGACAACGGGCGAAUAUAGAUGGCCUCGAGGCACCUCAGCCCCAGACCUCUCUUGGGUGGCUGGCCGUCAUCGCUCUCCGGCACAUCGGGGGGACCUUCUGCUGGCUCAGAGGUGCCCAGUGGGACGGAUGGCUCCACACUGCCAAAGGCCUGGGAAGAUGAGGCAGAGGUUCUCAGGGUAUGCUCGUCGAGGGGCUCUGCGGUGCUGCUAGUGACGGCCUUCGCCAUCGGAAUGGCGGGUUGCUCCUGUUCACUCUUUGACGAAACAGGGAGCGGUGACGGACCGUAAUCGGCCGGACUCCUUCGUCUGCACUCUGAAGUCUCUCCACAGCACCCCUCUCGCUUCCAACGGUCACAAAGGACGAGCAUUGGUGACAUGAGGGCGAGUGCCCACACCCAGUUGGUGAAGGUGCACAGGCCAAUGAAGAUCCCGACCGCCCGAAAGGGCAUGAGAGGCGAGGACGCGAGGGCAAAGAAGGCAGCUGCCGUCGUCAAAUUCGUGCUGGCCGUCGCAAAAGCAGUGUGGUAGCACGCACCAUAGAGAUCACUGGAGCAGAGACAAACAGGCACCCAUGUCAUGCGCCAAGAGUGCCAUCCUCAUCAUGCGCCCACGUUAUUGCUCUCUCGUAGGAAAUAUCCUUCGGAUGCCUUGUUCUCCUGUGAAUCCAUGUGUCCCACAGCACCAGCACAUUGUCCGCCCCGAUGCCGCACAGGAGGAAGAGCGCACCCUUCUGCAGUGUGCCGAAGUAGUCCAGUUGCACUGACCACAUCAAAAGGCGUACAUGCACAACGAGCAUAGAUGAGCCAUGAAGCACUGCUGUCCUCAUCUUAGUAAGCUUACGGACGAAUCUAUACAGUACGAGGGCCGUGUUGAAGGCAAAGAAGAUCUGGGCACAGCCUACAAACAACGUAAGACAGGCGGGCGGUGGAGAGGUCUUCGGUCGCCUGUCAGCCUCUUGUGUGUACUGCGCUCACCCAUGAAGGCGUAGAGGAAUGAAUGUGUGUACAGCAGGAAGAACAGGAAGAUGAAUCCGAAUGCUAGCCCCGCCCAGAGGGUGUCCGCGAAGAACAUAUCAUACUCUUCUUCGAAGAACAGUAGCUUGUUCCACAGCGCUACGGUCAAGCCUGGCUCAGACUCGGUCUUCUUUGGCCUUGGUGUACCGUCGUCUAGAGGCAUGCCCCAUCCGCGGCCCUGACGAUCAACAUGGGACACGGACAAGUGCACAAGGCCCUUUGAGACCGUCCCAGUGCUGUAUGACCUGAUUGAGUCUGAACGGGCUUUGGCCGAACGGUCCAUGGGGAUGCGCUGCCUCGAGAUGGUGCAGCAUGCCAUCACGAACAGACGUCAAAAACGGGAUAACCUUCGAAAUCUGCACAACAUGAGACGCAUCGAGGAGAGAGAAAACAGCGAUCCACCGCUUUUCGUCCAGACUCGACCAUACCUGCUCAAUUUGCCUGUCCUGCGCAUUUCGGUAUCCAUCCAGAGGUAAUCCGGCCACGAAGACCACGGACCGCGUUGCAGUCAUAUCGCCGCCAUUGCCCCUCGUCACGUUGCCCUCUACCGGCCCCUCACCCUUCUUGACGAAGAAGAGAGCCUCUGGAUGCUUUGCAUAGGUCGACGGCAAAUGCAGGCCUCCGUUGAUGGUGCGCACAUGCUCCUCAGACAGCAGGGGGCACGACCAGUUGUGUUCUUGGCCCCCUCUGUCGUAGAACACCCUGACUAUGCUUCCCUCUGCCUCGCGACAUUGCUGUGCGUCGACAGAUAAAGAACAGACAUCCCGGUAAGAAGGGUGGGUGUGGAUGUGGGCCUCCAGUAGACACAUUUGCCUGAAGAAAAGACGAACACAGUGCUGGCUGGUCCUUGUUUGUUUGCUGGUGCCAACCUGAGUGUGGAUGGUGUGAACAGGUCAGCCCCGCCCUCAGCGGUGUAGAUGAGUCCCAAGGCCAUUUCAGGUAUUGUGGUGUAUCUCGUCCUGUUCUCCCAACCCAGCACCGGUUCACUGUUGCCCUCUGCUAUCUGCCGCUUGUCCAGACGCUGAGUAUGCGGGCCGCUCGUUGGGCGCCAGUCAUCAUGCUGAUCCUCAGUCCGCAACAAUGACGACAUUAUGUCAGACAGCAGACCCUCUACACGCAGAACGAUACACUGCGAUGUGAAACAUCGACGUUCGGCAAGAGGGUGUGUCAAGUGCUUGCUUAAUGAAUGACGUCUCCUCUGCCCUCUCACCUAUGGUCCACUCCGCCUUGCUACCCUUCUUGAUUGUGGUCGCCAUCAGCCCAAGCGCCACGAGAAUUGCACCGAGCAAGAACCAUCCUCCAAGCCAGCUUGAGGGUGACGCAGCCACACUGGCACAGUAGCGUUUGGCGAACCACCUUCUUCGAGAGGCAGCAGGGGCAGCAGGGUGGUCUGGCGGCUCCAUCGAAGGUGCCCCUUCAGAAGAUCCAACCACACGCACGCCGUACACAGAUAAUUCGCCUCUUGGUUGGAUGGUUAGUGUGUUUAACGAGACUUGUGUCUCUAACCCCGGAGGGGUUUCUGUCAUGUCACGCACUAAACUGGCAACAUGCACAUGCAGCCUCGCGCGACUUUGUUCAACACAUGAACCUCCGUGUCCUCUGUUCUGACAUCAACACCCAGACAGUCGUAAGUUACCGCCAGUGCCAGGGCGUUCGGCCAGCGGAUAGUGUAGUCUCCUAUCUGCAGCUCCCGCUUCAUGAGCCACACAGCAGUGUCCUUGAUAGUCAUAAGCUUGCCGGGUGCCCCAUUGCAGAGGUCGAGGCCCACAGCAGCCAGUAGUAGCCAAAGGAGAGACAACCCGGGGUCAGUCAGGCAAUGUCCCAGCCGAAACGACAGACGAAAGAGAAGACCUGAGCUCAUCUUUGUGAGACACGGCCAAAGAGUGUUUGUUUCCUCUGUCUCUCUCUGUCAGUCAGUUGUCUUUGUCGAUUUCUGCUGUGUGUCCGCCAGUCACCAAGCGCCUCUGGCUCUUAACCUGUCGGAUAAAUGGCGUGCUCAAGUUGCUCGUAGAGUAGUUGAUGACCAAGCAGAUGGAGUCAGAGUCUUUUCUCUUUGGAAAGACCCAGUGGUGCUCAACGCCAUGCGUUGGAC